ACAGAAGAAGAAGAAAGGUUGGAGAGGGGAUCGCUCUCCUCCUCUGUUCCCUGUCGCCGCCGCAAGGAGAGCCGGAGGGGAUGCUGACAGCAGCGGCCGCACGGAGGGGCGCGGCGGCGGCGGCGGCGGCGGCGGCGGCACCGGCCUUCCACUCCUCCGCCCCAGCGCUCUCCAAAUCCACGCCUCAUAUCCGUUUCGCCGUCCGUGAAAAGCGUGGGGAUGCAAAGAGCGCCCUUAAGAACCUUCUGCUCAAUGGCAGCCCAUGUCAGGAAAGCAGUAGCAAACAAAUGAGAAAGCAGAAAGGUGUUAGCAGAUCAAAGGUCCAGCGCUCUACUCCAGGAAAAAACCCCUAUGGAAAAAAUAAGCGUGGGCAGAACUGGAAAAGCUUUGAUGAUGAUGAUGAAUGCACAGACACACCAUAUGGUACCUAUGGUGGCAAGAAAUCUUUUACAUGGUACUGGCCUGGGGAGAAUGAUGGCCUUGGUAGUAAUCCUAGUGGUUUUCAAUGGAGGGAGGAAUCUCAGUCUGCCAAAUCAAAGGAAAAGUUCUGGAACGAAAGUGAUGUCGAUGAGGAAGAGGAGUCGGGCCAAGAUGAUUUGCGAAGCUAUAGGAUCUCACUUGGGUUGCCAGUUUUAGGCCCCUUAAAGCUGGAUCAUAUUAAGGCUGCUUUUCGUGCAUCUGCUCUCAAAUGGCACCCCGACAAACAUCAAGGGCCUUCACAGGCUGAAGCAGAAGAAAAAUUCAGACAAUGCGUGGAAGCGUACAACAAAUUGACCUUUGCCUUCAAGUCAAGUGGCUAACUACCAUGGGGACAUGCGAAUACAACAAAAUUUUUAAUUCUAAUGAUGCGUGGAGCUGCUGGUCUUCAGGACAAACUACUACAAGAGAGUAGCUUCAUGUUGAUAACAACGAAAUAUAAAAGCACAAUCUGUACCAAAAGCAUAGAUUAGGUCAGUCCUGCCAAAUCUUAUGAGAAAGCAAAUUCCAGGCUCAUUUGUAUGAUGAUUUGAUUCCACCAUCGCCCAUCGCUGUAAGUGUAAACACUGUUUUUUUUUUGUCAAAUUUGAUGCUGCAAAAUGUAUCGUUGAGACUCAUGAAAAUCUCAAACUCUUGCAGUGUCAGCAAAUACUUCAUUUGACAUAAAAUUGGGUAGACGCAACUUUUUGUAAAAUUGGUUUUUGUGAUGAUUGAACUAGUUGAAUACUUGAAUCCAAACCAGGCUACCAUUGCUGUAUAA